AUGCCGCGCAAGAACCCGCCUCCACCAAAAACAACACAAAAGCGAAGAGGGCGCGAAAUCGAAAUAACCCCGGUAGGCUCUUUUUUCAACGUGAGAAUUCUGCAUCAAUGGUUUUUUUUCAGGAAAAUAUUCAAUUGACCCAUGAAGAAGGAGUGAAUGGGGAACGUGUGUCAUUGAGACAAAAAAUGACUACUAACACAUUUCAAUCGACAGUUAAUAUUACCACCAGGAGAAAGGAUGUGUUGCCAGUGUGGAGUGGAAAGCAGUCAGGGCGACCGAAAAAACAACCGGUUGUCCUGGCUGCCAUUAUUGAUGAUGAAGAGGAUGAUGAUGGACAUUUGGGAGCGGUUAAUGAUUUUGAUCCAUGUUUGGAGGGGCCGUCAAGGCCAACGACUGCGAUGACUGUUCAUAUGGAUGAUGAAGAUGAUCUUCCAUUUUAUAUGGCGAAUUUAACACUCGGAUCAGAUUCAUCGCCCUUUGAUCAGUUGUUACAUGUUGUUGGCCAGACGGAACCGAAGAAAUGGACUCAAUUUCCGAGAGGGUACGUUUUUUGCAAAGUUUUGAUUAUCAAAAAAUUCAAAUUUUCCAGGACAUUUACCGCGACCAAUGUCAAGAAGCUGGGAGAAGGAGCAUAUGGCGAAGUCUACGCAACGGUUAUGAAGGGAAGAAGGGUGGCAAUCAAGAUCGUGCCGAUCGAGGCCGAUGAAGCGAAGCCAUUAUUCAAUGGCCAAUACAAUGGUGGAAAGAUGCCAAGUUGUGCGCUGGUUUUGCCCGAAGUUGUAGUUCUGAAAGAACUUUCCAAACUCAACAACCCAACUUCAAACAAUUCCACGCCGAACUUCAUCACCGUCGUCGAUUGUUAUAUGGUUCGUGGAAAAUAUCCAACUGGAUUGACAAAAGCCUGGGAUAUGUAUGCUGAUAUGAAAGAAUCGUUGAACGAUCGACCAGCUGGAUAUUCCACGGACAAACAACUAUAUAUAGCAUUCGUGACGGCAAAUGGCGGAAGUGAUUUGGAAUCGUUUAUUGUGUCCACAGAAAAUGAAGUUCGAUCAAUAUUGUGUCAACUUAUGUUGUCACUCAUUGUUGCCGAAAAUGAGUUGGAAUUUGAACAUCGCGAUUUGCAUUUGGGCAAUGUUCUUAUUGAAAAAGUUGAAAAAACUGACAAAUUGGAAUAUAAACUGAAUGCGAAUCCGAUUUCAAUCAACUCAUUCGGCAUCAAGACGAAUAUUAUCGACUUCACCCUCAGUCGAAUCAAAAAAGAUGGAACAACCGUCUUUUUUAACUUGGAAAACGAUGAGGAAAUUUUCGAAGGACAAAACGAUCUCCAAUUUGAUGUUUACCGCCGGAUGAGGUUCAACAACAAUCGAAAUUGGCAAGAUUUCCACCCAACCACCAACUUGUAUUGGAUCGAAUAUUUGGCAAAUAAAUUGAUUGAGGAGCCGAUCUGCCCAAAAAACCUUCUAACGCCGAAAAGAAGAAAAGAGCUGAAAACGAUCUUCAAACAGCUCGGAAGAUUUCGCCGUUGCUCCGAAACUUUGCAAGAUGCCAAUUUUUAUGAUAAAUUUUAUGCGGGUAUAAUUGAAAAGUAA